ACGCUCUUUACGCUCCUCGUCACUUGGCUUUGCACAGACAAAUCUACUAGAAGAAUCCUUUAGCCUUCUUCUUCUUCAAAACUCUCUCUCUCUUUCUCUUUACUUAUCUCUCUAGUUAUGGUUAUUUCUCCGAUGAACUCCACAAUCAAAUUUCUCUGUAGCUAUGGCGGGAAAAUCCUACCUCGUUAUCCAGACGGGAAGCUCCGUUAUAACGGCGGUCACACCCGCGUCCUCGCCGUUCCUCGCUCCGUCUCCUUUUCCGAGCUAGCGUCGAAGAUGGCGGAGAUGUGCGGAUCCACCGUAACAAUCCGGUGUCAGCUCCCGACGGAAGAUCUCGACGCGCUCGUUUCCGUUACUUCCGAUGAAGAUCUGGCGAAUCUAAUCGAGGAGUACGACCUCGUUUCCUCCUCGUCGCCGUCGCCGAUGAAGAUCAGAGUCUUCCUAAAUCCGCCAAAAUCCUCAAAAUCGACGAUCUCGCCUCCUCCGUUAGCGUUACCGUCGUCUUCGACCACCUCUUCCACCACUUCAUCUACUUCAUCGAGUCCUAGAUCUCCGUCGCUGUCAAAACCACCGCUACCUCCGUCGCCGCCGAGAUUAACGACGGCGAAGAAUCCGUGCUAUGGUUGUUAUGUCCACCACCGUAACUCGAGAAAUAUCUACCUCGUCCACAACGGAAAUCACUGGCAAUAACCCCAAGCCCCCAAUCAGAUUCAGAAAAAAAAAAUAAAAAUGUGAAGAAGAAUCGAAUAUACAAUCUUCGUUUAAAAAUGUAAAAGAGAAAGAAAAAGUAGUAGAAGGUUACGUGAUCUUCUCUAUUACGAUGAUGACCGUCACCAUUAAUGAAAUCCUCCUAAAAAAGCUUUUCUUUUGUGUUGGUGAAUUGGGUGAGUUCGUUUAAUUCCUUUUUUUUUUUUUUAAUCCUCACUUUCACUUUUUUUUUUUUCAUCACUCCGUUGCGUUUUUGCCGUCAACGUUAACCACCUGUCUUGGAACCUUCGAGCCUCGUUAGUCGUAACCGUUCAGCCACGUGUCACCUCUAACUUAUCUACUCUUCCGUUACUUUACUCUUGUUAUGUUGCGUCGCCACCGUCGAUCUCUCACGUCAUUAUAUGUACCGUCUGUUUCCCGUUAAAUCACCUUUUUUUAACGGAUUUAACGAACACUUUUUCCUUUUGUUUUUUUAAUUGUUUUUUUUUUUUCACUAAGCUUUCUUUAACACUUGCUUUUGUGUGUGGUAUAUAUAUAUUCAGGUUUUUUUUUUGGUUGGUAAAAUUCAAUUUCUGUUGAACUAACAUUUACAAUCACCCUCUGUCACAUCUGCAGGUAAUUUUCUACAUUCUUAAAAAAAUCGAGACAAGGCUUGGUCGACUUUCUCGUCUAUGAUAAAUGGGAUAAGCUUGGAAAAUUUGAGGAGAAAGACAAAUUAAAAUGAAAGAUUAAAAAUGUUGGGAAUAAAUGAAGGAGAGGUGAUAAUGAAUGAUGAUAAGAUUCGAUUUUUAAUCAAAA